GCUCCAUCACUUCUCCAGUAAUACUUCUCCCCACUCCACGCCUACCAUAACACCUACAUAAAACACUCUCACACAUCCAAGAUGCACAUCUCCAGCACCCUCGUCACCGCCCUCCUGGCCAUCGGCGCCUCUGCGGCGCCUGCCACGCGCGACCUGGGCAUCGACAGCCUGCCCGCAAACUCGCACGAGUCGCGCACGCUGAUCAACAAGAUCCUCUACAAGAAGACCUGGAGCCCCUUCGACUUCACCUCGACCUCUGAGGUCGUCGCCACGCCCGAGCAGGUCGUCAACACCACCAACUUCUUCACCGGCGGCUUGCCCGGCGCCAAGGGCUACUACAAGUUCGGCCUCAACUCGGACGAGGACAUCAUCUGCUACAACAUCACCCUCGUCGGCUUCCGCGGCGAGUACCAGUCCCCGGCCAGGACGGCGACGCACAUCCACCAGAGCCCUCCCGGCCGCAGCGGGCCCCCGCGCAUCGCGUUCCCCAACCCGGAGCCCGUGGGCGGCGAGGACAGCAACGUCCGCCGCAGCAUCGGCUGCCUGAAGGGCCCCUUUGAGACUGGCGUCAUGCCCGAUGGCGUGGACACGGGCGCAGGCUUCACCAUCAAGAUGCUCGAGGACGACCCCAAGGCGUUCAACGCCGAUGUGCACUCGUCCGAGGCGGUUCCCGGUGCCGUCCGCGGCCAGUUUGGCGACAAGAAGAAGUGCUGAGUAUGAGCACUUCGACGGAGCUUUGUUAUAAUGGAAUUCGUUCAGGGGAUCAUAUCGCUGAGGAGGACAAGAUUUCUACUCCUGGCUCCUCUUCCCUGUCAGCAAGAUGGGAAGAGAGGUAAUUGUAAUGACUUAAUUCUAGUAACUAUUGGAUC